AUGUAACACUAUACCUCUUAAGAUCCCAAAGCAUAAUAUAUACCCGCAUUGAGACGAGGUGUAUACUCGAAUUAUCAAGUUGUUUAAACCCAUUAAUUAUUUUACUGUCGUGGAUUACGCUUGACUAGCCCCAACUUAUACUCUUGAGUGUUCGUAUAGAAUAGAGGACGACUCUACCCCCCCUAUUUAGCCCAUGUAUUUGUGGCCAGGAGUCGAAUUAGUCAUCUUGAAUGCUAAAAAAGUUACCCACCCAAUCUAUUGACCUCCUAGACCCAAUCGCUUAUUAUAUAGAGGCAGUGCGGUGGUAUUGCAUUAAAAGGGCAUAUUGUCUCUCCUCCUGUUCGUCCCCAAGAUUGGCACAAUAGCCUGAUACAACAUGUAAGAAACCUGAUAUUUGCAGAUGCGCCCAGCAGGAUUGAAGCCUAAUGAGCCUUACCAUGAUUUAAGAAGAAGCUUUAUCUUAUACACCACCCUGGAUUUUCUAAUACAAGGCAUCUAUGCCUAAGGGAUACCUAUCUGAUUCAAUAUAGAUUAUGGCGUCUCCUUUGAGAAUCUUAUCGCUUGAUGGAGGUGGAAUCCGUGGGCUGUCAAGCAUCCUGAUACUUCAGGAAGUAAUGGAAAACAUCCGCCGAAUCUAUAAUUUACAACAAGUUCCCAGGCCGUGCGAAUAUUUUGACCUUAUUGGAGGAACAAGCACAGGAGGAAUCAUUGCAAUAAUGCUUGGACGACUUGGUAUGACAGUUGAGGACUGUAUUAACGCUUAUAAAAGUCUGGCGAAGGAAGCCUUUACACCUAAGCGGCGCUUAAUACAUCUGCCUCUACCUCCUACUGGGAUUUAUUCUGCCAAAGCUCUCGAGAGGGCUAUAGAGGCAGUUGUGAAAGCUCAAUGUAAAGAUGAAGCGUGUGUCACUCGGGGGGCUUGCUCCCAUGAUGAUGUUCUUUUCCGGAAUGAUGCUUGUGUAAAGACUGCGGUGCUGGCAAUAACUAAGGAGAAUGUUGAUGCGAGACCUACCCUCUUCAAAACAUACGACAACACAAGCGGGUUUCGGGACUGCACGAUCUGGGAAGUGGCUCGCGCAACUUCGGCAGCAUCAACCUUCUUUAAAUCUAUUCGGUGUGGUCGAGAUAAUAUUGAGUUCAUCGAUGCCGCCUUCGGUUAUAACAACCCGUGCGAGGUUCUCAUGGAGGAAGCUCAGAAGCAAUUUCCCGGAGACCGUCAAAUGUAUGUUCUUAGUAUUGGCACAGGUCUCGGCUCGGUUGCCACCAUCAAAGACACACGGACGUCGAUACUAAAGGCUCUGAAGUCCAUCUCAACAGCAUCUAAGAAAGUGGCGGAUAGGCUAGACGAGAGGUAUAAAAAUACGGGCCGGUAUUAUCGGUUCAAUGUGGAUCGAGGUCUCGAAGACGUUACGCUCGCAGACUGGGAUAAGGCCAGCAAAAUCUCGGCACACACACACAAUUACUUACUGGAGAAACAGAGGGACAUUAUUCAAUGUGCUAAGGUAAUCUUUUCAGCUAGUUGUGGCAUGAAUGAUGCUGCCGACGAACAAUUUGGUCCAGAGCCUUAUGUUGUUGACGGGCAAAGCGGGCAAGACGAGCGAGACUGGGAUAGCUCAGAAGCAACCAACUAUGGUAUAUCCAUUGCUCGAAAUGUCGUGUCACAAGAUGCAGAACAGCGCAAUAGUAUUCGGGUAGGGGCUGGUACAAAAGCACGAAUAUUAAGGAAUACUUGCAGCGACGGAAGCCGACAAUGGAACAUGAUUAGUAUCUAACUGAAGCAGGAUUGGGCUAGGUAUACAAAAUAAUGCCUCAGGUGUUAUGUGCUUACAUAGGUACCUAAGGCACAUAUAGGCCCUGGCCAAAAUACCUACCGGUGCCACGCUUGAAAAAAUACCUGUCAGAUUAGUCAGCCAUGUUAGGUAACCUGAAAAUCCCUAGCCUCAUGUAAAAUAGCGGUGUAAUAUACGUUUCUACAAUUUUAUUUCAAUUAAUUAAAUUAUUAAAAAUA